UUACAAUUUCCUUGACACCCACUCUAAACAAUAACUUGUAUUUUUUUCUCAAGUUUCAUUGUUAGCGCUUCUAAGUUAUUCGAAGCUCAUUGUUGUGCAUGCAAUUAUGAUUGACAAGCAGUGAUAUGUAUAUUUACGAAAUACUUUCAUCUAUGAGGGAAAAUUUUCACUUUAUAUACUUGGAGAUUACAAGAGUUUGUGAUGGAUUCUGCCGCUGUGAAAGACAACAAUAAUAAGCCUGAGACUUUAAAUUCCUACAAAGAUGAUUGGACUGACUCUGAGAUUACAAAAACCAAUAGUUCCCUACAUCAGGUAUCAGAUGAUGACGAUGAUAUUAUCUCUUCACACAAAAGAGCUAGCUCUCCCAUAAGUGUAGAAAAAGAGAAAGUUCUUCUAGACCACAAUGCAGAAGAAAAUAAAGAAGAACAUUUAAAUGAAAAAUCUCCUAAACCUGCAGCUCAACAGAAAAAACACACAGAUGAUCCUUCAGAUAAUGAAAGUGAGUCUGAGCCUGAUGCCUACAGCUUCACUGAGGAUCAGAGGCGUGCUAUGAUGGAACUCAUGGUUCAAAAACAAGAAGAUAGCGACCUCUUAGAUGAAGAGCCACCUGAAUACAAUGUGAAGGGCAGGCUUGAGCAGCUCAACGCAGAGCUGGCCAACGAUCCCACACCUGUGGAGGGAGACCGUGAGACACGGGUUGGUUUCAAACCUGAAAUUGUGGACCUCGUCGCCCCUCCCCCACCAGACUUCAGUGACGAUGAGUCCCAGCCUAACAGCGCCAGAGGGGAUCCCCCUAAAGCUGACCCAGAGAGUGGGGAUGAUCUCAAGGUAAAAAAUGACAAUUCCAACAAGGAGCAGUAUGUGGUGGAGCGGGAUGGAAAUUUUUCUGUCGUCAGUGCCAGCGAUCUUUCCCCCUUGGAACGGGAGAUGCUCAUCACUAAAGAAAGCCAGCCUGAUACCUCAGAAAAACAACAUGAGAACAGUAAAACAGACCUUUCUUCUGCUAGUGUUACAAAAAUUAAUGGCGAUCAAACAGACAGUUUAAAUAAGGUACAGCCAAAACCGCCUACUAAACCAAGGCCUAAAACAACCGGGAACAGUUUUAGGAGGAAUGUGAAACAAGGAGACUCCACUAGACCGAAAUCUGCUGUCACUUUGAGCUCUUCCAAUUACGAGUUAGAAAACUAUCAUUCCCCAUAUGCUAUGACCCCUGAGCAGAAGGAAGAGGCCAGGAAGGAAAAAAAGAGAUUAGAGGAAGAGAAACAAAAGAGUGAGAGAAAAAAGAAAGAGGAGGAAGAAGAAAGGAAAAAAGAAAGCGUAUCAGCCUUUCAGGCAUGGCUGGACAAAAAAUUACAAGAAAAUAAAAAGAAGACAGAUGAAAAUGACGAGGAACAAUUUAAAAAGGAGAAAUUGGACCCAGAUGAGAGAAAGCAUGCAGAAUCUCUAGAUUCCAGCCAGAACAACAGUUUUGACACACUCGAAGUGAUCUACCCCUACUUGCUACGUCCAUCUAUGAAAGAAGAAAGUGAAAAGGCAUACAAGCUAUGGUUAAAAGAGAAGAAAUCUCAAGUUAAAAAAGACAAACUUUUGAAGAAACGGCAGCAACAGGAACACAUGGAGGGUUUCUUUAUUCGGUCAAGAGAGGAGUGUGAGAAGGCUUUUAAAGAAUGGCUCAAGAGAAAGAAUGCGGAGAAGAAAAAAUAUCAGGCAAUCGAAAGACAAAAGUAUAAAAUUUACAAACUUCAAAUGAAAAGAUCUAAAAAAUCAAAUGCUUAUCUCAAAUCACUGAAUGAGCAGCAGGCAUUUCAAAGUAUAGACUAUUAUGGUUACCGUUAUUAAAAUAAAGCAUUUAAUACUUUUUUGUAUCAAUUUUUCAAAUGUAAAAAUUAAAUAAUAUAAACUAUAGCUUAAAACCUGGUAGGAUAUUGGAAGCUUUUCUGAAGAAAUGAAACUGAGUACUAUUUUCUGUCACAUAUUUCUAUAGCAACCAUUCUCCAUAAGUCAGACUCUGUCCUAUUUUCUUUGUUUAUAAAAUGUUUUAUUUUUAACUUUUCACCAUUGUAGUUAUAUUUAAUUUUGUAUCAUUAAUCAUUUUAAUUUAUUGAUAUCUGUAUACUGACUUCACUGUCUCAAGCAUUU